AUGGCAGCCAAUAUCCAUGAUCCGUGGGGAGUCAUUGGCGAUUUUAAUGUUAUUUCUACCAGAGAGGAAAAAAUUAGAGGUAGACCUCACAGGUUGGAGGAAACCAUGGAUUUUAUUGAUUGUUUAAAUGAGUGUGGGCUACAGGAUGCUGGUUUCACAGGUCCGAAAGUUACGUGGUGCGAUCAUAAAGAUCCUCCUCAUACCAUCUGGAAGAGACUAGAUAGGCUUGUCUAUAACGAUAGUUGGUUUGACAACCUUAAUAACACCUCAGUUAUCCACUUCUCUAGAACCUGCUCGGAUCAUGCUCCUCCGCUUGUAGAUCUUUUGCAAGACCAAUCUCAAGGCAACCCUCUUUACAUUUUUCAACAGAAAAUCAAGAACACCACUAAAACUCUUAGUGGAUGGUCGAGAGAGACGUUUGGGGACAUUUAUGAAGAACCUAAGAGGUUGGAAAAACUUAUCAGAGACUUAGAGGAGAAAUGUAUUACCUAUAAUUCUCCUGAGAACAGAUGUGAACUCUCCAAGCAUAAAGAUAUUUUUACCAGAUAUCUUAAGAUUCAAGAUUCCAUUCUAAGCCAAAAAGCUAGAGUUAAAUGGUUCAAUGAAGGAGAUGCUAACACAGCCUAUUUCCAUGCUACCAUUAAAGAUAAAAGAAGGAGGCUGAAUAUCAGAAAAAUCCAAGAUGAUAAUGAUAACUGGCUGGAAGACACCGAUGCUAUAGCGAAUGGAGCGGUGAAUUACUAUCGAAACCUGUUUGCUCAAGAUUCUACCAAUACUGAUUUCAGUUCCCUAGAUUGUGUUGAUAGUUGUAUCACGAAGCAAGAUAACCUUAUGAUUAAUGCCUUCCCUGAGCUCAAGGAAGUGAUGGAUACUGUUUUCUCUAUUGAUCCUAACAGCUCGCCUGGGCCUGAUGGAUUAAGUGGAAUGUUCUACCAUAAGUGUUGGAGUAUUAUUUCACUCGAUGUUCAUAAUGCUAUAAUUUCUUUCUUCAAAUGA